AAAAAAACACAAUCCCGACAGUUAAUAAACGAAAAUCCCGAAAGUACGAAAUCGUACUACGUUCAUUCAGGAUUUCAACCAUUUGGGGAUUUCAGAUAAUGCGAGACGCCGCUCCUUCCGGAUUUCUUUUGUCUGGCUCAUGA